AUGUUCUACUACUGCUGCUGCCGCCAGCAGUUUGUGGUGAUCCUCGUCUGCCUGCUCUACAUCCUCCUUGUGCUCGUGUUCUUUGUGAAUGUGUUUCUCGCCGAUCGGAAUAUGCACACGCAUCUCAUGAUGAAGAAUGCUGGACACCACGGACACGGAGGGCACGGUGGAGGAGGAGGAGCGGGUGCAGGUCCGCCUGUGGGAGGACACCACAAUCCCUACGACAUGCAUGGCUAUCCCCACUACAACAACUACCAUCCGCAAAUGGAUCCAAAGCAGCAGCAGCAGCAGGAGCUGCUACGCAAGACACCGCCCAAUCCGAACCAGCAGCAGCCCGAGCAGGACAUUUACUCGUAUUUCAAUCACGUAUUCAGGCGGCGACGUCGAUGAGGAGGAGGAUAAGUAGGACAGGAGUUGGAUGGACGAUGAAUCUAUCCAAAAUUUGUACCACAUUAAAUUAUUAUUAUUUCCAUAAAAUAUGAAUAUAUAUAUAAAUAUAUUUAUAUAUAUAUGAGUAUAUAUAGCCAAAAGCAGAUUGUGUAAAAAGUGAAGGGGAAAAAAUGAUGAGAAAACCAUUAGAAAACAAGAGACAGAGACAUGCAAUAAUAAAACCAAGCCAGAGCUA